CCUCAUAAGGGUGAUACACCUUACUCACGUUCACCCGAAUUGAGAAUUUCACACAAACUGGCAGAACGGAAAAGGCGCAAAGAGAUGAAGGAGCUCUUUGAUGAGUUACGGGAUUCGUUGCCUGUGGACCGGAGUCUGAAGACAAGCAAAUGGGAAAUUUUAAGCAAAGGUAUU